CGUGCUCGUUCUUUUCUUCACGCGCACAUUCUCAAACUCCUGUCCAAUGUCCUCCACGAUUGCGGACCAAUCCGUGCUAACCGAGUGUCAUCUGGAAGCGCUAAAGCGGGAGUUGGGCUUCCGCGAACGGAUCGCUACCUUCCUUGUCCAAACAGACCUCGUCGGUCACGUGCAGCAAGUUUGCGCCGAAUUCCACCGGCAAUACUUGGCGGAACACAGUGACCGGGAUCUUCUGCUGAAACCGGUGAUCGUGCGGUUGCCCUUCCGUUACGAAUCGCUGGCCAAGUUUGAUCUAACUCUCCUUAAGACAAUCAUCGAGGAACCGAUCUACUUUGAGCAGGCCCUCCAGGAGGUGGUCCUCUCCGUCGUAAACGCUCACUUUGCCCAGCUGGAACCGGCGGAACAGCAGCAACAACAACAACAGCCCUCGCCUGCGAUCACUGUCCGGUUGCAGCAAAUCUACUGCCGGGUUCAGUUGCAGCUUCCCCCGCGCGAGUGCUACCUCUUCCGAGCGCAACCCCAAAACGUCAACACCGGACUGACCGUGUUCCGGUGCGUGGUGCAGGGCUACAGCUCGCUGCAGAAGUACAUCCUCCACUCCGUUUGGGUUUGCCCGGACUAUCCCGCCGCCCACCACGCCAUCACCGGCGAGAUCCGGCGGGCUCCCAAGUGCGAAGAGUGCGGCAACGAAACGGUCCUGCAGGAGAACCUACGGAUCCGCACCGUCGGCGACUACUUCUCGGUGCGUGCCUUUUCCGCCGACGCCUUUCGGACACCGGUACAGGUGGGCCGGAUCCAUCAGAGCAUUUCCGUCCGGCUGGCGGACGAUCUGUGCGUUCCGGUGCGGUUGGGCCACGAGUACGUCAUCACGGGGGUGUUCAACCCGCCGAAUCUGCUGUUUAGCGCGUGGGCUAUCGAGGAAGUUUAG